UUCUCGGACGGUGAACUUUCUUCUCUGAAGUUUCUCUGCCGGGGGAAAAUUGGGAAAAGGAAGCUUGAAUGUGUCCAGAGUGGCGGGGGGGGGCUGGUCCUCCUCGGGCAGCAGCUGAUUGCAAGCGACAAGGUGUCGUUUCUUGAAAGCUUGCUGAAGAACAUCAAAAGGGAAGAUUUGCUCUUACAGCUGAAGCAGUUCGUAGAGGAAGGAGAAGUUAAUGCUCCUGAUGAUCAACUAGAUGUGCAUGAAAAACGUCUUCAGGCAGCAGCUUUUGAAGUCAUAUGUGAAAACGUCGGGAGAGACUGGAGAAUGCUGAUACGAAAACUUGGCCUUUCUGAAGUGAAAAUAGACAGAAUAGUGGAAGCCCAUCGAUAUAACUUGUAUGAGCAGUUGGCUCAGUCACUUCGAGAGUGGCAGAAAUGGAAGGGAAAAGAUGCAAAGGUGACUGACUUAAUAAAAGCUCUUCGGAGCUGUAAUAUGAAUUUGGUGGCAGACAAAGUUGAACAGAAGCUCUUGACGCUGAACAGUGGAACCAGGUGA